ACAACAGCAACAUGUUAAAAUCACAGAGCCAUCUAGUGGCCUGGCAUGACAACUACAGCUGACUCAAGGUUUCUUGACGGGCCUGUCUAAUAAAUGUGGAACUUCUUCCCAAUCAAUAUCCAAAAAUACAGACAGUUUCCAAGCAGCAGUCUCGUGUAAACGUUGCCAUAAACUCUGCUAGCAUGGCAAUAAUGCGUGACACGAAUGACUGAUGCAACAGCGUCAUUCAGAAGGAAUGUUCCCUGUGAUGCAGACACGGCACUGGUAUUUGAGAGACUUUUUUUUUCUAUUUUCUGAGUCAGACAAGACAAACAGAUAGAUAUUGUACCCCUUGAAUUUUUCCAUAUUCUGCAACAUUACAAUCACAAACAAAUAUGUUUAAUUGGAAUUUAAUGUGAAAGAUCAACACAGUGGCAUACAGUUGUUUAGUAGAAUAUUCAAAUGGUUUAGAUCUGCUCUUAAAAAAAAUAAACAAAAAAUGCAAACAGAGAAAUUUUCCUAGAAUAAAUUGUUGAAUCUUAACCGGGCAACGGCGGUUAUCAACUAUAACUACAAAUGACCUAAUUUGAGAUUUUGCCAAAACUACAAUGCACCUUUCACCCCCAUCCUAUUAAGCUUACAUUUAAAAAAAAGUCACAGUGUUUGGGCAGAAAUUAAUUGUCAGAGCUUGCCAGCUCCAAACUGGCUUACCUUCCCUCUGGUACACUGAUCUAACUGCUGUGGGUACACACAGCAGCACCUAUAGGUGUCAUUUCUUCUCAAAGCUUUCCCCACUCAGCAAUACAUCAGAGCUGUUAUCAGAUCCCGCAGAUACGGGCCUGCCUUCUGUACUUCUGUACUGCCUGCAUGCCUCUGCUGUGUAGAGAACAUGAGAGAAAAGAGGGGGGAGUAGCUGCGCUCACAGCGUUCACUCUUGCUCAACACCACAGCAUUCUGCACAUCAGUGUUACUCUGCGUGCUUUGAAGAGCGCAGCCUCUCAUAGCGGGCAGAGAUAAUGACCAGAGUGGCAGCGGCAGAUCGAAGAGGACUCAUCAGAGAACUAGGCUCACUUCAUUCUGCUCCUAUUUAUGCAUCUGAACGUACGGAGACAUAAGGACAUAAGGAGGAGACCUGGAACUUUAAGUCGUCUAGUUGUUUAGGAUUCUUUUUGUACUGACUCAACUCAAAGGAAAGUCAAAUGAGGAUUUGUUCAAUUACAACUAGGUAGGGCUGAGAAUCACAACGCCAUGAUGACCUCCGAUUUCACGACCCCGAACACCUCAAACGAGAGUAACACCAGCGAACUGGUGGACGACAAAAUGCUCCAGACGCCGCUGGCCGUGCUCUACUCCAUCAUCUUCAUCCUGGGUCUCACCGGGAACCUGGUGGCUCUCUGGGCUUUCUUCUUCGUUCACUCCAAGAAGAACUCCCUGCAGGUCUUCCUCAUGAACCUGGCAUUCGCGGACCUGCUGCUGGUCGUCUGUUUGCCGUUCAGGAUCCAGUACCACCUCCAGCAGAACAAGUGGAAGCUAGGGCACACAAUGUGCAAGCUAGUAGGCUACCUCUUCUACAUGAACAUGUAUGUCAGCAUCACCCUGCUGGGGCUGAUCAGCAUCGACCGCUACCUGAAGAUCUACGGCAGCGCAGGUACUCGCCGUAAGAUGCGCUCCCCGAAGUGGAGCAUCGUCGUCUGCGCCAUCAUUUGGGCGGUGGCCCUGGCUUUCAUGAUCCCAUUUGUCCAUGAAAGCAAUGACAAAUGUGUCAAUUCAACAAAGUGUUUCCACUUCAGGACAAUUCCGCAGGAAGACAUGCUGAAAGCAUACAUCAACAUCUUUGUGCUGGUCGUCUUCUGGUUGGUCUUCGUCUCUUUGGUGUUGUCCUAUGGAAAGAUCGCACUGAAACUCCUGCGGAGGUCGCAGCAGAGACCGGACCUGCCCACAGCGCCCCACUACAGUCGAGUCGCCCGCAAGUCCUUCUUUGUCCUGUUUCUGUUCGUCGUCUGCUUCGUCCCCUAUCACGCCUUCCGGGGCUUCUACAUAAAAACCCAGAUCACCAAGGAGACCCAGGACAUGCAGAACCUGGCCGACAAGUUCAACGAGAUUUCGCUGGUGUUUUCCGCUCUCAACAGCUGCCUGGACCCCGUCAUGUUCUUCCUGCUGUCUGCCUCGGUGAGGAAGGAGGUGCGGCGCUUCAUGUCGAGUGUGUUACGCACCCGAGACGUCACCGGGACCAGCGUUGCUAACUCCAGCACCGAACUGGACAGCAGGAGCGACAAGAGACAGUCGAAUGCCCUCGACAAUGAGAGCGAGCAAAAAUAUGUUUUAUCAAGCUCCAGCUGAGCUGCAGAAUAAGCAGAGCCAGAGACUUUACUGGGAUUCCCAGGUUUUGUCUUCAACUUUGAAAAAUUCAACGUGGGGACUGAUGGACGAGGCAACAAAGUUUCCCCCCUGUGUAUCAUAAGCCUGGCGGGUCACCAGACUGUAUUUGUCCCCCCCCACCAGACUGAGCAUCAUUUAUUUAUUUAAAAUAGGGUGUCAAUAACAGUGACAGUAAAGACAGAUAAAGUUCUACAGUCGAUGCAUUGAACUGGGUGACCACCUGCAUCUGACCUCACACACUAUUAUUUCCAACUUAUGAUGCCUGCGCUUGGGCACCUAACAAUUUUUGUAACUUUUACAAUUUUUUAAACACAAAAACACGUUGGGUUGCUGGUGGACCGCCCUGGUGCCCAUACCACCGGGUUUACAAGGUUUUUUGGGGAAACUCUGCAGGUAACCAAAAAUAUUAGCACAAUUUAUCCAUUUAAUGCUAGUAUAUCUAUUUAUAUACAUAUAUUUAGGGAAGGAGCAUGAUGCAAUGUGUCUUGCAAAACUAUUUAAACCCCUUGACUUUCACAAUUCAUCACAUUACAAAUGCAAAAUGAAAUGCAUUGUAUUUGGAUUUUAUGUUUCAGACGUACGGAUGCGUUUAAUAGCACAAAUUCAGGUGCAGAAUCUCGUUAAAACAAAAAGCUUCUCGCUGAUUCAUAAUGAGAUUUACAUGUCAUUAAAACUAAAAUAUGCUCUCUUUUAAACGAGAAAGUUUGUACCAGUCAAGUUUGUACUGUCGGAUAUUUAGGAGAAACAGAGUGAGAAGAUGGAGUCAGAGGGAGAUCCUAAGUCAUAAUCUGUCAGAGAAACAUAUUUAUACUUUACUGUAGCAAAACUUUGUCGUUACAACAAGAUACUUCUGAAUUUAUGCCCUCGCUCUGGCAGGUGAACACUUCCACACAGACCAACACAAAGCAGUGCAUACAUGUGGAGUGAAAUGAGAAAGUCAUGGUUUUCCAUUCAUCCAUAAUCUAUGCAUGUUUAUUGUUGGGGUGGCCGUCAAAGCAGGGCGAGUGUUUACUUCUUUUUAAAUAAAAAUCUGAUAAUGUGGUGUACAUUUAUACUCAGCCCUCUUGACUCCGAUUCCCCUAAAUCCACUGCAACCACAUUAUAAAUCGUAGCAGCCUCUUUUACUAAAAUCCACUUACUACAAAGAGCGACUUUUAGAUUUUGAACUCUGCAUUACAUUUUACAAAGUACAACUUAUAGCCAUCCAAAAAAAAAGGACCCUCCACACCUGAGGCGGUGCAGAAAAUAAUUCUGUACCUUUAAGAUGAAAGUAAAGUCUAUUUCUGUAGCUUCCUGUGUCCUACAAGAACGAGGAAACAUGCAAAUCUGUUUAACUAAGUACUACGCUCCAGUAUGGGUUGUGGGGAGAGGUGGAGAAGGGCUCAUUAAUCAAAGCAGCUGUUUUAUUUAUUUAUUUCUUUAUUAUGUAAGCUUGUCUGCCCAGGGCGAAGUGGCCUGGGGGGCGUCCAGAAGCCAAAACAUUUCUUUAAUGAGUCAGAAGGGCCUGAAGGAGUUUUCUUUAGCUUAGCUGCAUGUUCAUGUGCUGAAGUUGAUUGUCUUUGUGUUUAAAAAGUCUGUGCUGCAUUUAUCAACCCAUAGUUCCACAUUUUAACAGUUUACACCAGGAAUGAGUUCAAUCCUGAGCUGAGUUUUAUUAACUCUUUGUUUUAGAAGCGAAACGAGAAAGGAAACUUUUUGGGGGCGGCUAUAAAAGGACCAGUGGUCAAACCUGGAUUUAAUGUCUUUGUUAGAGCUGCUUUAAACACAGGUUAUGAUUUAUUAAAAGCUUACUCUCUAUGGGAUCAGUAGAGAUUAUUAAAAUGCUCUCAGAAACAUUUAUCUCCAUCCAGUCUUCAAUCCAACAAUCAAAAUAAAUUUAAAUCGAGUCAAUGUUUAGUUUUUUUUCCCCUGGUUUGGACGUUAAUAGGGAGAGAGCAGGAGGUUGUGUUUAGGUUAUCAUGGGGUAGCAGAAUGAGAGAAGGGUCACUGAAAUAUUAUUUAUUAUUUAAUAUUAUUACUCCUCUGAAUAAUCACUCAGGUUUGUUUAGGAAAGUCUCACAAAGUCUGUCCAAAAAAAGAGGAAAGGUUAGAAGAGAAUAAUGUGUUUUAUCAUAUGAAAUGCAAUAAACAGCUGAUCACUACAGGAAUCAAUAUA